AUUUUAUACCUUUGUACCGUACCGUAUACCCUAUACAGUGUAUUAGACAAGUCACUUUCACGAGACGGAGUAGAUGCAAUAUGGCCGAAUUUCGAGUAACAACUGGAAGGGACGGGUCUAGGUCGUUUGGUGAGCAUGAUGACAGAUGGUCUGAUGAUGGUGGUUCUAGGCGAUCGCGUGGUCGUGGUGGUUACAGAGGAAAUAGAAGGUCAUUUUACAACAAAAGAACACAUGGGUUCAACAGUUACAACAGAAGAAAUCCUAGUAAUUCAUUUAGAAGCAGAGGCAGGGGAAGAGGUGGGCCAAACCCUAGAAGUCGUGUAGAUGAUGAAGGAGAUGAUUAUAUGGGUGGUGAUACUGCUAAUCAGCCAACACAGAGUAGAUACAAUCCAUAUAACCGACCAAAUAAAGGUGGUUUCCAUGGCAAGAAUGGAAGAUACGACAACAGCUCUAAUAAUAGAAGUGCGAAUUCUGAUGCAUUAAAAAGACUUGGAGUGCCAUUGAAUGAUGGUGAGCCACAAUGGUUCAAAGUUUUGAUACCAUGGGGUAAAAGGACAGAGAAAGACAUUAUUUUAAAGAAUAUUAUUAGUCAUGUGGACACGCCGUUUGUGCCAACAUAUUUCCAUUAUGAGGACAACGCUGCAGUGUUUUAUGUAAAUGAGAGACGAACAGCAGAUGCUAUACGUGGGAUCACUAAAAGAAUUACUUUACCGAAUGGAUAUAAGAUGACGAUAAUUGUGAAAGAAAGUUUUCCUCCUAAUAUUCCCAUGGGGAAAGAAGAAGUGGAAAAAUUGAAGGUAGUAAUGAGCAACAGAUAUGAUCCGACAACAAAAGCUCUGAAUUUGAGUAGUUUGCACACUGAUACAGACUUGUGUAAAGAUAACUUGUAUAUGAAUCUUGCAAGAGCACAAGUGAUGACCAAUGUUGUACAGAUCAUCAAAGAAAAUAUUCCAGAGUUGUGUUGUUUAGACAUGAGUAACAACAAGUUGGUUCACAUGGAUCAUUUGGCAGCGCUGGCACCUUCAACAAGUGAUCUUAAAGCACUUAACCUUGGGAAAAAUAAGAUAGCUUACAUCGAUCAAAUUGGAAAAUUAAAAGCAUGGAAGUUAGAAUCCCUAACACUAGAUGGCAAUCCUGUAUGUGAUAAGUUCAAUGAUCAGACAUCAUACAUCAGUGCAAUAAGAAAAGUAUUUCCAAAAGUUAUAAAGUUGGAUGGUAAUGAUCUUCCACCACCUAUAACAUUUGAUAUUGAAGCAAGGACAGAUCUUCCCAAAUCAAAGCUAAACUACUUUCCAAACACUGAAGUACAGGGACCAAUAGUGAAGUUUUUGAAGGAUUAUUUCACAGUUUAUGAUUCUGCAGACAGAACAGGUUUAUCUGGGGCGUAUCAUGGAAAUGCUAUGUUCUCAUUGUCUGUGGCUUACAAUGGAGCUGUACAGUACAAGCAAAGUUCACUUGGAAGUUAUAUAGAUGGGAGUAGAAACCUAAUACGGCAGUUUAAAGAUUCAUCGAAGAAGCACAAGUUAUUAAAGAAGGGGAGUAUGAUAAUUCCACAGCUAUGUUUGUUACCAAAGACACUUCAUGAUCCUAACACAUUUAAUGUGGACUGUAACUUAAGCUCAUCAACCAUGAUGAGUUUUACAGUACAAGGCGUGUUCAAGGAGGUGGAGUCCAAGCAGGAUAAACAGCCAAUCAGAGCUUUCAGUAGAACGUUUGUCACUGUCCCAGGUGGUAGCAGCAUGUUGAUUGUGAAUGAUAUGUUAACGAUAACAAAUGCUUCACCAGACCAAAUACAGUCAGCAUUUAAGACGCCAGCACCUACCCCAUCAUCUAGUCCAGUACCACAAACAUCACCAAGUAAUCCAUUUGAAGGGUUAAAUCUUACAGAGGUCCAAAAACAAAUGAUUGUUAGCUUUAUGGGAGAUUCUCAGAUGAACUCGGAAUGGUCAGCUAAAUGUUUAGCAGAGAAUGGUUGGGAUUAUGCAAAAGCCGGUCAAAAUUUCCUCCAGUUACAAAGUGAAGGAAAGAUUCCUGCAGAAGCAUUUAAGAAGUGAAAGUGGAAAUAAUUUGGAAAGUGUGAACUAUAUGAGAGACACAGUGUUAGACAAACUGUAUUGAUAAUCUAUCUUGUAGCAGAAAUCAAUGGUGAUUGAAUUGUAUCAAAAUAACAUUUUCAUUUUAUUAUUUUAAUCAGUGAGAAAAUAGAUGCAACUUCAUGGUAUUUUGCAUGUAACAUUAUGUAAAUGUUUUAAAUUUUAUAUUGGGUUUCCUUUUAUUUUUUAAAAUGGAGUUUAGUUCAAAUUUUGAAGCAUACAUGAAAAAUAGUAAUGUGCACCAACUUUGUAAAUCAGCAUGUGUUGAAAUUUUAAUCAUGGACACUCAAAUUACAAGGAAUCUGAAAUGCAUUUUAUUUUAAACAAAUGUUUUAUGACCAGGACCAUUUUUACAAGUGUUUCAAGCUAAUGUAGCUGUAAGCUUUGCCAAUAAUUAUACAAUAAAUGUUUGAUCAUGUAAAAUAUAUUGUUCAUCUAUUGUGGUGCAUUAUUUGUAUUGAGCAUACAUUGGUAUAUAUAGGUUCAAAUGUCAUUGUCAGUCAUCUUUCUUCAAACUCUUUAAACAUUACAAGUUGUAACUAUGGACUUUCAUAUUAUACAGCAUAGCAUGAAUGGAGCAGAAAAUGCUUGGAUUUGUGACUGGAAAACAUGGUUUAUUGUUUGAAGGUGAUAUACAAGGGCUGUUUUGGCUUUUAUAUUGAAGAUUUUUGAGGUACAUCAAUGCCAUCUACUAUGAUACUGAAUGAUUUAUUACUUAUGUUAUAGAUAAUACUAUUUAGAUUAAUUCAACAUCAAGUAAUGUUUUGGUAUGAAAUGAAUAAACUUGUUGAUAUAAAAUAAGUACUAGUUGUAUCAUGAUUGUUAAGUACAGGGAUCAGAUAUUGUAAAUAGCUGAAUUUAAUGUGUUUUGUGCAAAGUCAUUGUACAUCUCAAAAUUCUUUUGUACAUAGCAUUGUUUUUAUAUGUUCAGUAUUUUGUAUAUAAUUUGUGCUAUUAAUUGUUUUUGAUGACAUGUUACCAUUAUCUUGACUAAAAAUUGUCAUAAAAGUAUUUUAGAUAUGAA